AGCUCUGUCUCGCCAAGCGGGUGGUCGACCGAGCAAGGCUCCAGGGGAGACCAGGUGACGCCGCGAGUGCGGAGCGCACGCGGCGCUGCGGCGGUGUCGAAAGCGGCGGGGCGAGGCCAGGCUCGGGGAGCGCGAGCGCGCUUGCCAUGCCGACGAGGAGCUUGCGCCAAGACAGCGUCCUGUCGCCGGCGAGCGGGUCACACAGUCUGCCACCAAGGUUCCAGGAUGUGCCAGGGGGCGCGCACCGCCAGGAGGAGGGGGAGGAGGAGGAAGAGGGGGAGGAGAAGGAGGAGGAGGAAGAGGAGAAAGAGGAGGGAGAGGGACCGUGCCGAGGACGAGCGGGGCUCACGCGGCCUGCCACCCGGGUGCCGGACGGUGCCCGCUGCGCCAGUGCACGAGGGCGAGGGCGCGGGCGCGGCCCCGGGCGGCCCAGGACGCGGGCGGCCUCUACAAUGUCAAGAAAUAGUCGCCCGACGGAGACGACACUGUUGAGAAUCUGACGGGGCGCCUUCGCUCGCAGCGUUCUCACUUCUGCGGGGAUAUUUACAUGGGCCGAGCGGCUCGACCGAUCUGGCGAGGGCCUAGAAUUGGAGCGAAGCCCAGCACCCUAGAGGUUGUCUGAGCAGAUGCGCCAAUGCCACGCUGCGAAGAGACAUCCGGCGGCCGUGCCCUCGCUGCGCGGGCUAGAGAGAGAGAGAGAGAGAGAGGCCAGCCAACAUCGCCGCAGAGCAGACGCGGACCUGCAGAUGGCAGUUGGGCUGCAGGACUGCCCGUCCCCUCCGCUCUGCGCGAAGGAGGAGUAGGAGGAGGAGGAGGAGGAGGAGGAGGAGGAGGAGGAGGAGGGGGAGGAGGAGGAGGAGGGGGAGGAGGAGGAGGAUAAUGGAGGACGAGGACUGCCCGUGGGCAUCAUGCCUGGGCGCCCCUGCCCUUCUUCGCGGCCUUCCUCGGAGGGCCCCCGCUCUGCUGCGUCCGCGGGCCCCGGCCCGUGCGGCCGCCCUUGCCGCCCCAGCCCUUCUCCUCUAGAGGCCCUUGACGUUCACGAGGGGCAGGAGCCGAUGCUCCACCUCCACCAGCUCGGCCUGGUGGGCGAGCACCGUGGCC